AAAGUUGAAUUGUGUGACUGACGCAGAGCGGCCUCCUGUGUGUGUUUGGUGGCGCAGUCUGCGCGCGCGCACAUAGCCAACUUUGGAGUAAGGAAGCAGGAAUUUCCCUCCUGCCACUCCUGAGAGCGCAAGAGGACCGGAGUUACGGAUUAACCACUUCUCAUCCAGAGGGACAAAGCCGAGCUGAGCCGAACCGAGCGGAGCUGCUUACUUGUUUUUUAGAGAAGAUGAGGGAACUUUACGAGAGGAGCUGAAGGAGAUCCGUGGUUUCUCCUAAUUCGUCCUGGGCAGUUUCCUCGUGCUUUCUGAGUUUCUCCUGGAUUGAGGAGCGCGCAGCAGGAGCAUCAGGAAUACUGAGACUGCCUUUGGAAGUUUGGCUUUUAUUACUUUUAUUUAUUUAUUUUUUUUGGCUGCGGCUGGAAUUACUCAUCCAUUUCUGCGGCUCAAACACCCCAAGGAAGGAUUUCAAAAGUCCAAACUUUAUCUGGAAUACGCGCGUAAAAAAGAAAGAGGAGUUUGAAGGAAAAGUCUCCGGAUUGCUGCUUUGGUUUGGAGGAGGGAAAUGCGGAGUAAAAACGGCGUCUAGGAGGAUGUUGCUGCUCUUACAAUGGAAGUAAAGAACGCUGUUGCUCCUGCCGCGGUGGUUUGUCUGUUCUUUUGCUCCGUUUUGAGCCAAAACCUGAAUCCUAAAGGCAGGAAUGUGUGCAAAGCGCCUGGGUCACCCGGGCUGGUGUGCUGCAGUGGAUGGGGGCAGCUGGGGGACGAAUGCCUGACCCCUCUCUGUGAGGGCAACUUCACCUGCAAAGAGAACGAGGUGUGCGUCAGACCGAAUGAAUGUCGCUGUCGUCAUGGUUACUUCGGAGCCAGCUGUGACACCAAGUGCCCAACCCAGUUCUGGGGCCCUGACUGCAAGGGUAAAUGUAACUGUUACCCCAACGGCCAGUGUGACGACCUGACGGGCAAAUGUACCUGCAACCACAACCGCUGGGGUGCCAACUGUGAGAACGUAUGCCUGUGCCAAAAGGGCAAGUGCGACCAGGAGAAGGGAAAAUGCACAUGCCACCCGGGCAUCUGGGGUCCUCAGUGCACCAACAACUGCUACUGCAGCAUCAACUCUGUGUGCGAUGUGAUGACAGGCCGCUGCCUGUGCCACCCCGGAUGGAUGGGGAGAAACUGCGCCACUCCCUGCAACUGCAACAGCUCCCCGUGCGACCAGUUCACGGGCCGCUGCCAGUGCCGGGACAGGAUGUGGGGUCAAAGGUGCGAGCGGUAUUGUCAGUGCGUCCACGGCAAGUGCAAUCAGAACGACGGCUCGUGCACCUGCAGCCCGGGCUACCGAGGGAAAUUCUGCAGGGAGCCGUGUCCUGCUGGCUUCUACGGCCAAAGCUGCAAAAACAGGUGUGGCCACUGCAAAGGCCAGCAGCCCUGUAAGGUGACAGAAGGUCGCUGCAUCACCUGUGACCGCGGCUGGAAUGGAACCAGGUGUGAUCAGCUCUGCUCCAAAGGUUUUUUCGGAGAAAACUGCCAGGAAGUUUGUCCCACGUGUAAAGACGGACAUCACUGCGACGCCAUCUAUGGCAAGUGCUCUCACUGCAACCCCGGCUGGAUUGGGGACAGGUGUGAGGUGCGUUGCCCCAACGGCACUUAUGGCGAGAACUGCGAGAACAACUGCAGUCACUGUUUCAACGGCAUCUGCCAUGUUGUCACAGGGGAGUGCCUGUGUGACCCUGGAUUUUAUGGCAUCUACUGUAACAUGACCUGCCCACCUGGUCAGUAUGGAGUCAACUGCAACCGGAGCUGCUGGUGCCACCACAAGAACUGUGACCCCGUGUCUGGAGCCUGCUACCUCCAGCCCAACCAGCGGAUGGGUGUGAUCGCAGCCGGCUCCCUGGUCUCCUUUUUACUGGUCGCCCUCCUAGCGCUGCUGUGCUGCUGCUGCCUCUGUCGACCUAAAGACGACCACAACGAAAAAGCCAAACGGAUCCUGUGUGGACGAUUCAGCAGAAUCAGCACAAAACUUCCCCGUAUUCCACUGAAGCGACAGAAACUGCCCAAAGUAGUGGUAGCCCACCACGACCCAGAGAACACCUUUAACUGCAGCUUCAUCGAGCCCCCCUCUGUGGCCGAGCAGCCCUCCCCCUCCUCUUGGUCGUCGUCCCAGGAGUCCUUCUCUUCCUUCGAGAGUGGAGACGAGGGGCCGGUCUACUGUGUUCCUCACGAAGAAUCUACAUACGACGGUAAGGAGAAGCAGAGUCCCAGCCCAAGUACUGAAGAGGCAAAAGAUGACCCAGAUGUGGAAGAUGAAGGGGAGUACACCUCCCUGAAAGAAACAAGCAUUACCAAACCUGAUGCCUCCGAGCAGCCCCUUCUAAAAUCUUUUGAUAGCGAGGGUUCCAACAGCGGUUCUGAGUGUGCAGUUCUCUAUUCACACAUCGCCAGACCCUCCAAACAGGUAAAGGAGGAGGAUAGUGGCAGCAAGAACAGAGAAAGCACUCCCACACCAGAGGCCAAGCGUAAUGGAAAGCCACCACCUUCACCUGGCAAGCCCAAACCACGCCCCCCAGACCCAUCUACGAAGCCCAAAGUGUCAUGGAUACAUGGAAAUACUACUGGAUCUCCCCAGACAAAGCAGCAAGAGGGUAGCAAAUUAUUUGUGUUGUCAAAGGAGAAACAUAGGAGUAUCAGUGAUGGGUCAGCCAAGAAUGAGGAUCAGCAGAAACAGAAGGGUCAAGACCAAGAGCAAAAACAGGAAGGGAAAGGGACAGAUGCCAAUGGAUCCACCGGCAAACACAAACCUCUACGAAGUAGAAAGUCUGGGGAUGAGUACAGCAGUCCCAGUCACAUGGAGCACAUCAACGGAGUUGUUCAAAAUGCCCUCAAAAAGAUAAGCAGCUUCCACAGCUCCUCUCCUGAAAAGAAGAAUGCUGACAAUCCAAAGCAAAACCUUAAGGAGCCACCCAAGAGUCCAAAGCUAAUCCAUCCUCACAUGAACUCUGAAGCAGCUGCUCUGGUGGCUGCUCAGCUCAAAGAAAAAACCCAAAGCAUCAACAGGAACGAAGGAACAGGGUUGACAAAGACCAACGGACUCUCCCCAAAAGGAAGCCAAGAGAAGCCAAAACCUCCUCAGAAAGCCAAGAGGAAUGCCUCUGGUGGACUCAGCCAGCAGGGCUCGACCAAGCCCCUACUUCCCACCUCCACCAGCCUCCAGAAGAUGGUCACCAACAACUGUGGGACCCCAGAAGCUACGAGUCCAGAAAAGCAGGAUUCUCAAGGGGACCUGUUGGAUCCUACACCAAAGAAGACUCCCAUAAAAAAGCCACCCAGAAAGAAAGGCAAAGAGGGUACCAUGGAAAAACCUGAAAGUAAGACACCUCAGCCAAAGACAGCCAUAAUGCCCCCGCAGGUAGUGAAGUAGGAUUGCACACAGUGAAUUGUUUUCUUGAGUACUGAAACAUUUAGGUAACCAAUUCAUCGUGGUGAGCUGUGACUACAGGACCAGUCGAGAUUUGCUUGAACCAAGAGUGCAAUUGUGUCACAUUGGUGAGGUGUAUCAUAAUAAUCUUUAUACAGCGUUUUAUUGCAUUUCAAGAAUCCUUUAUGUCUCUUUUUUGUAACCAGCAUGUAAUAACCUCCAAAUACAAUAUGUGGCUUAGCUGAACACAGCUGUGUGAACAGCGCCACAAUGGCACUUCCCAAUUCACCUCUAUUCCCCAUCUUCAUAUUUGUGAAUUGAUUCCAUGACUGACCUUCUAAAAGUAGGUGCCAGACAACAACAAAAAUGCUGUUUUCGCAUGCUCUUUGCAGGUACUACGAUGCAAAAAAGAUUCUGGUUCUUUGAUGAUGAGGCGCCACUUUUUUUUUUGUUCGUUAUUAAAUUAACAAGAUCAACAAAAUGCUUAAUGGAGGUUUACAAUCAAGAUCUACUUGAAGAAUAAGAGCUUAAAAUAAUAUGUUUGUACAAAUCAUUUCAUCAUCUGCAUACAUUUAAAUUGGCUACCAUCUCAUUUUUAGAAUGUGCUUUUGCUGUUCUUUCACAUCUUCCCUUUUUACUAUGUUAAAACAUGCAAUGUGUUUGAUGUGGACAUCAACAACUGCUUGUUCUUUUCUAAAUAUAGAAUGCAAACUUUUGAACACAAAACCAACAUUUGGAUUGACCGUAAAGCUGUGUUCACACCAAACGCGAUUCAUUUGUCAAAUUUGUUGCAAGACGUUUGUCUAAAAUUGCGCUCAUGCAUCUGUUGCAUCAUGGACUUGAUGCAACAGAUGCAUGUGGGAGGAGCUACUGUCAGAGUUUUACAUGGGAGCAUUGACUGUAUACCUCAUACAAAAUUCAAGGAAGCCAUGGAUGAUAUUGACAGAUCAGGGUUAUUUUUUGUUUUUUGUUUUGAAGAGCUCUACAAAAGCAUUGUGGUCUCCAUGUCUGCAUUCAUGAGAUCAUUUAGAGACUGGUUAACCAUCUACUGCAGGAGCUGCAUCUGUACUUCUGUCUCUCUGUGACUCAGUUUGAUGACUUUCAGUCGGGUAUUAAUCUGAGGAGGGAAAAAAUAGAAAAGUACGAAUUAAAUUAGACAAUGUUUUUGUUGUUAUAUUGAUGGAAAAAAAGAAAAUUCAGGGGUAGAAGUAUCAGAUUCUGCUCCAUGUUGGUCCCUGAUUGGUUGAUGUGAUAAGUCUUCUUUACCGAAGUUUACCAAAGUUUCUUUAACAAAGAUUUUUGUACCCGCCCACAUUACACCGCAACCCCCAAAACUCGCUGAUGUCAUGCCGCCGCACCGCCCCGAUGCACAAAUCAUGCCUGCAGGACCUCUGAUCAUGUUUGUACAUUGACCAAAUCAUAUUCAGUGUGAAUGAGCUAAAUACAGCUAUAAGUAACAGCAUAGCUGCCAUAAAUUGUGGAAAACACAGUCAUUUUGGCAAGCAGGAAUCACAUCAAUCAGAGAUUGCAGAUUAAUGAUGAUUAAAUGAAAAGAUGCAAAUAAGUUCUGUUGUGUGGAGGAGAUUGAGAAUAUAUAGUAGCACACCUUAUGUUUAAAUGUGCCUUAUCCUAUUACCAGUAUCAGUUAAUGGUAAUAGCCAACCAACAGCUAGUAGGAACUCAUCCGUGAAACCGACAAAUUCAAAAAUUUUAAAAAAUGUAUCCGGAAACAAAUAAUCAGUCACUAGUUGAUUUCUCUUAGAGCAGAAGUACAAAAGAGCAUAUUCUUCUGUUCAUCUGUUGAGCUGAAAAGAUUACAUUUGGAAAAUAUAUUUGUAUUGUGUUUUUUAUAAAGGUACAACAGAUUACUCCGGUUAUAUUUUCUACUUUUUACUUGUAUACAUUGUGUACUUCAUAUUAUCUUUGUAAGCUGUGCUUAUGUGACCUUUUGGGGGUUUUGUUUGUUUUCCUUGAUGUCAUUGAACUGGUUUACAUUGGCUCAGUAAUUGUUCUCUGUUAAAGUUAUUGUUUGUGUAACACUUAACUGCAUGAUGCAGUGUGUAAUUAGAUGGCAUUUCAGCUGAAGAGAAAAUCUGUAACUUUCUUUUUCCUUCUAUUUGUUUUUGUUGCCUUGUGUAAAAAAAAUCCUAAUACAGAAAGGAUUGUACAAUAAUACCAUAAUACCACUGCUGAACUGAGUGCUUAUUCCUAAACCCUUCAUAUUGUAUAAUUAUGAAGCUACAGUGUUUGUCUGACUGGCCCAUGCCUGUUUUGAUUGGCACUCAGCUUUAUUUUUUCCAAAGAAGGGCCUUAAAAGCUGCAAACCCACACCAGUUGUAAGGUAAACGCUUUGUCUUUUGUUCUGCAUUGCAACCUUGAUUUCUGUUUGUUGCAUAACUCUCUUAAUUUACUUCUUUGGAAUAAACAAGCAACACAUAUAGCCAAAAUUAAACCAGGUUUUAAAUCUGGCCUUUAUUUACAAGAAACCCUUCAAUUCUAGGUUUGGUUCUAAUAGGGUCAUAACCUUGCUUUGGCUUUAUCCCCGUGGUGUCAGAUUUCAGUGUAACAUCCAACAAUAAAGUGUAAAAGCAUCUUAGUAUCACCACAGGCACGCACUUAUUCUGAAAUCUCUAGGGAUUCAUUUGAAUGCGGGUUGAUAUUUGACCCUUUCCUGCUACUGAGUCUUCUGGUUGUGUCAGGAAUCAUUAGGCAUUCGGUCACAGCAGUUCUUCAAAGACCUUGAAGAAACCAGGGGACUGUUGAUUUGGCGCCUUCGGGGGUGGGGGGACAAGAACUCCUUUCAUUUGGGGUAAAACAGUGAAAACUCUGUUUCGAAAAAGUUAAUCACGCGCUCCAGUUGUAUCCUAUUUU